GUCUGUGCAGCCCCUGGCACGGCAGGGCCCUGAUCUCAGACAUCCUAACGCAAACAGGUUGGUGAGCAGGGAGCCCAGAGGGCACAUGACAGAUGGGCCCUCAUCCCUCGCUCCCCCCCGUGCGCCAUGGUCUGAGAGUCGCCCCCCUUCCUGUCUGAGAGCCGCUCCAGCCCCCAGCUGGUGGGGGGCUGUGCCGGUCUCCCCUGCUGGCCCGGGACUGACCAGAGAAGGAUAUUGACCGGCUGGAGCAUCCCUGGCGCCAUGUUCUGGAAGUUCGACCUGCACUCCAGCUCGCACAUCGAGACGCUGCUGGAGCGCGCCGACCUGACGCUGCGCGAGCUGCUGGACGAGGACGAUGUGCUGCAGGAGUGCAAGGUGGUGAACCGCCGGCUGCUGGACUUCCUGGUGCAGCCGCAGCACAUGGAGGCGCUGGUGACCUGCGUGACCGAGGAGCCCCCCGUCGAGCUGGACGAGCGGCUGCGCUACAAAUACCCCAGCGUGUCGUGCGAGAUCCUGACGUCAGACGUGAGCCCGAUCACGGAUGCGCUGGGCGAGGACGAGGGGCUGCUGCGGCGUCUCUACGGCUUCUUGCAGGGCCACGGGGUCCUGAACCCGCUGCUGGCCAGCUUCUUCAGCAAGGUCAUGGGCAUCCUCAUCAACCGCAAGACAGAUCAGAUUGUGGCCUUCCUGCGCAAGAAGGACGAUUUCGUGAGCCUGCUGCUGCGGCACAUCGGCACCUCGGCCAUCAUGGACCUGCUGCUGCGCCUGCUGACCUGCGUGGAGCAGCCGGUGCUGCGCCAGGAUGUCUUCAACUGGCUGAACGAGGAGAAGAUCGUGCAGAGACUGAUCGAGAUGAUUCACCCCUCAAAAGACGACAAUCAACAUUCCAACGCCUCCCAGUCCCUGUGUGACAUCAUCCGUCUGAGCCGGGAGCAGAUGAUGCAGAUCCAGGACAGCCCCGAACCCGACCAGCUGCUGGCCACGCUGGAGAAGCAGGAGACGGUGGAGCAGCUGCUGGGGAACAUGCUGGCGGGCGAGCGGGACGAGUCCGUCAUCGUCAGCGGGAUCCAGGUGCUGCUGACGCUGCUGGAGCCGCGCCGAGCCAGGUCCGAGGCUGGGGGGAUGGGCAGCUUUUACUGCCCCCUGGAAGGGCAGCUGGAGCUGGGGCCUCUGGGCUCGGACGGCAGCGCCUGCCAGGCCAGUCCCAGCACCCUGCUGGCCCUCAGAGGUUACCUCCGGGACUUCCACCAGCUGCUGAUCGACCCCCCGAAGCGGCCAGCCCUGCAGAUGACGUGGGGGCUGCUGGACCCGCCGCUGGGGAACACGCGGCUGCAGGUGGUGAAGCUGCUGGGCAGCUCGCUGGGCGCGGGGGACGCGGGGCUGCAGGAGGAGCUGCUGGGCCUGGACGCCCUCAACACCAUGCUGGACCUGUAUUUCAAAUACACCUACAACAAUUUCCUGCACGCCCAGCUGGAGGCGUGUCUGAGCACCCUGCUGCGGGCUGGCACCCCCGCCGAAGACUCGCAGCCCCCACCAUACAGCCCCGUCGUCAAGCAUCUGCUGCAGAAAUGCCGCCUGGUGCAACGAAUCCUGUCGGCCUGGGAGGAGAACGAGCAGACGCAGGCGGCCGGAGGCCAGCGGAGGGGCUACAUGGGCCACCUGACGCGCAUCGCCAACGCCCUUGUCCAAAGCUCUGAGAAGGGCCCUCACGUCGCCCUUGUGGGGCAGCUGCUGAAAGAGCUGCCGGAGGAGGAGCAGGAGCAGUGGGAGAAAUUUGUCUCGGGGCCCCUGGCAGAGACCAACAAGAAAAACGUGGUGGAUCUGGUGAACAUGCACAAUCUGCACUCAUCCAGCGACGACGAGGAAAACGACCUGAAAGAGUUUAACUUCCCCCAGGAGGCCGUGCUGCAGCAGGCCUUUGUGGAUUACCAGAUGCAGCAGGUGACGUCGGCCUUCAUCGACCACUUCGGCUUCAACGACGAGGAAUUCGGGGAGCAGGAGGAGAGCGUAAACGCCCACUUCCGCCAACUCAAGAGCGCCCCCUUCGACAGGACGGGCAGCCUGAGCUUCUCGCUGAGCGCCGACGAUGACAGUCCCAACUCCAACCUGUUUGAAGUCUGCUACAAGGAGCGGAUCCAGCAGUUUGAUGACGACGACUCAGAUGGGGAGGACGCCUGGCAGGAGAAGGAGCUGGGCUACUCGGGGGGGUGCCCAAAGCCCACAGGGCCCAGGAGCUGCGGCAGCACGGACAGCGAGGGCAGCCGGGACUCGGAGGAGGAGGAAGACGCCGGCGGGGGCGUGGAGGGCGGAGGCGGCGGUGAAGCCGAGGGGGCCAGCCCUGACCUGGAGCCUGCAGCUGCCCCCGCUCGGCCCCCCGCCAGCGGCGGGGUGGACACUGGAGUGGCCGUUUGGGACAGGCCCGGCUCGGACGCCUCCCGCCCCCCCACGGAAGGGAGCUGGGCCCUGUUUACAGAGACGCCCUCAGCGCAGAUCAGCCGGUCAGAUGCCCCGUCAGGCUCUGCCGAGGGACCCCACCCUCAGGAACCGACAAGCAGCAAUGUAUCUUCGGGGGGAGCACGGAAGGGGCCCCCCUGUCUACCUCUGAUGCCCCCCAGCGGCUCCCGGGGGCUGCAGCUGCCCCGAAGGCAGAGAACAGCCCCCCCCAGAGGCAGCAGCAGCCAGCAGCCAGAUAAAGCUCGCGGAGGGCGCCUGGUGAAGCUGCUGAUCGUGGGGGGGCUGGGGGGAGCCCCCCCUCCCGAAGCCCGCCCUGCCCAAGGACAGCUCAUUCCUGCAAGGGGGGCAGCAUAGGACGGGGGGGCACAGUCCCCCAUCACAGGAUCCUCAUGGCGAGAUGGCUGAGCACCCCCCCAGGGAGGCUGGUGUGAGCCCCCCCCAGGCACGCCCCCCCUCCCCUUUGCACUGAAAUUGGCGGCUGGGCAACGGAAUUCCAAGCGAAUUGUUCGGAUAAGUGACUCUGGGAAGCACUAACCUCCCCCCCCGCUGGCCCCCACUUCCCAUACCGGCCCCCCACCAUGCUUCCAACCCCCCGAGGUUAGCAGCCCCCAUGCCCCCCCCAGCCUGCCUCGUCUGGGGGGGCCAGGCACGGGAAGGGGGCCCCCUCCCCACACAGAUUAGAUUCUCCCCCCCACCCAGUUCCAGCAUAAGCACAACCCCAACUCUACUCCCCCGCCCCUUCUUUGUCUGGUCCAGGGCCUCAGCCUGGGGUGGGGCUCUGCCCCCCAGAGCCCAGCUUGCUGGGAGGGGAAGAAAUGCUGGAGGGAGUGGGGAGGCGGGCUUAGGAGCCCUUGGGGGUGGGGCCAGGGAGUGUUGGGGGCAGGUUUGGGCAUGGGUAGAUGGGGCCCGAGGGGGGAUGGUGAGUGCUCUGGGUUGGGCUGGGCUGGGGGUGUUGGGGAGGCCACUACAAGGGAGGGGUGGAACUCAGGGCUGUGGGGCAGGUCCCUGCCCCCCGCCCCCCCCCCCCCGGCUAGUUCUGUGACCCCUUUAACCCCAUGUUUUCCACUCCCCAUUGUUAUUUAUUUCCCUGGCCUGGGGGGCUGGAGGUGUUGGGGGGCAGAGAUGGGUCACGCCCCAGGAAACGGCACCAGCCGGUCAGACGUAGUUGCCCUCCCACCCCACCCUGGCUGCUUUUCAAGCGGGGAGAGGGGAUCCAAACAGCCCCCAGUGCUCCCCCCUCCAGACUCAGUGGCCUCACUUCCUGGAUCCCACUGCUGACACCAGCACCAGCUCAGACUACAGCCCAUCUGCAGGGGAGCAGGGCCACCUACCCCCGCCUCCAUGGGGGCCUCCAGGCACCUCCAGCUGUGUCGUCCCGUUCUCCCCCCCCCCCCCCCCCCGGAAGAUCUAGGAGAAGGAGCUGGACCCCAGCCCAACCCCCACUCUGAUGGUCUCCCCUCCAUAUUCCCGGUGAGGGGGUUAACUCUGUUGAUCCUCCCCACAAUUGGGGUGGUAUCUGGGUACAGAGGGGCAGCUCCCUCCCCCGUGGAAUGGGCUUCAGGUCCCUGAGCCUCCCCAAACCUACCCUGUAGCAGAUCUGGCGGGGGGGGGCCAUACGGUACGGAGAGGGGGUCUCUUUCCCUCCCCACCCCAGGGAAUUCAGGGCCCUUCAGGAGUGGAGGAAGGUUUAUGGGGACCUAGGAAGUUCCCUGCUCCCAUAGCUCAGGCUGUAGGGCAUAGGGGGCAUGGGGUCCCCCACCAAUCAGCAGGUGUUGGUUGAGGGGCUGCCCCCCUUACCCCCCCCCUCCACACUGAUCUUCCCGGCCUCUCCAGAGAGGCUCUGCAUUGCACUAGUUUUGGGGGGGAUCCCAGAUGCUUGGGGGGGGGCCGAGGCUGGAAGGGAGGCAUGGGGUCUGAUCCCCUCCCCUUGCACAAAGAGACUUUGAAACAACACCCCCCCCCCCCCCGCACGGCCCCUGGCUGGGGGGAGAUGGGGCCAGACGCCAGGCCAGAUGGGCCUGUGACGCACCUUUCUCCUUUUGAAAAGCACUGAAUUCCCCCCCUCCCCCGGCCCCCUCCCAAAGUCAGCAGUAGCCAACAGUGAUGUCCUGGUAGCCAUCCCCAGUCCUCCGGCUACCCUUUAGUGGCAAUAUUUAAAAGCUCUUAAACAGGAACCAAAUCAAGUGGCCUUUUGGGGGUUGCCCCGGGGCCUCCCCGGCUGGCGACCAUCCCCCCUGUGCCGUGAGUCCCCGGCUCGUCUCUUUUGUUAUUCCGGAUGAAAAUAAAAACCAAUGGGUUAAA